AUGGUGAUCAACAGCCGUGUGUCAUUGGUUCCUGAGGAUGCAGAAGACAUAUGGCACGCAUACAACCUUAUUCAUCCAGGGGAUACCAUCAGAGCAUCAACAAUCAGGAAGGUGCAGACCGAGUCGGCCACCGGGUCAUCCUCCAGCAACCGGGUGCGGACCACGCUCACCAUCCAGGCCGAGGACACCGACUUUGACACGCACGGCGCUGUCCUCCGCGUCAAGGGCCGCAACGUCGAGGAAAACCAAUACGUCAAGAUGGGAGCCUACCACACCAUCGAUAUCGAGGCUAACAGGAAGUUUAUGCUAUACAAGACCUACUGGGACACCGUCUCCAUCGAACGUGUGGAGAUGGCGUGUGACCCCACCCAGCACGCGGACUUGGCGGCGGUGGUGAUGCAGGAGGGGAUCGCGCACGUCUGCCUGGUCACCUCCUGCAUGACACUGGUCCGCGCCAAGAUCGACCAGCCCAUCCCCAGGAAACGCAAGGGCCACACGUCCCAGCACGAUAAGGGGCUGCAGAAGUUCUUCGAGACGGUGAUGCAGGCGCUGCUGCGACAUGCUCGGCUGGACGUGGUCAAGUGUGUGCUGGUGGCCAGUCCUGGCUUUGUCAAGGACCAAUUCGCCGAGUACAUGUGGCAAACGGCCUUCAAGACGGAUAACAAACAGCUGCUGGAGAGCAAGAGCAAAUUCUUGCUGGUGCACGCUUCCUCGGGCUUCAAGCAUUCGCUGAAAGAGGUGCUGCAGGACCCGGCCGUGAUGGCACGCCUCAGUGACACCAAGGCGGCGGGAGAGGUGAAGGCGCUCGAGACGUUCUACCGCACGCUGCAGGAUGACCCGAGCAAGGCCUACUACGGCUACAAGCACGUCGAGCGCGCCAACGAGGCGCAGGCCAUCGAAACCCUGCUCUGUUCUGACAAGCUGUUCCGGUCGCUGGACUUGUCGGAACGGAAGAAAUACGUCGCCCUGGUGGACAGUGUCAGAGAGUACGGCGGCGACGUUAAGAUAUUCUCCAGCCUCCACAUCUCCGGUGAACAGCUGGAGCAGCUGACCGGCGUGGCGGCCGUCCUGCGGUACCCGAUGCCCGAGAUCGAGUCGGACGACGACGAGGAUGAGGAGGGGGACGACUGACGAGCGUCCGGCCCCGCCGGCCCGGCGACGUAGCCAACCUCCGCUCGCACGCAGAGGACCGCCGGACCGGCCCGAGGACACGGUCCUCAGGCCGGAGACAGCGGCGCGGGCGGUCCGCUGCCGCUGGGACCGGGGCAGCGGGUGGCGGCCAGUGCACGGGCCGCCGGACCCUGGCCGUCGCCCUGCCGGCCGGGUCGCCCCCGCGCCGUCUCGAGCUGAUGGUGGAGCUGGCGCUUUUUGCCGGCGACGGCGAUGUUGUCCUCAGUCAACUAUGCUAUGUUCUAUGAGCACGAGUCGUGCUCGCACCAUGCUGCCAGCGUGUAGCUAUUUAAGCGCCGCCGGCAUUGCAUUGCAGCAUCGCAACUAACUGCGUGCCUACCGGCUUCGUUGUCGUGUAACAUGUGCGUCGACCCCGUGACCUCGUUGCCGAGGGCACUCCGCGGCCGCUGGCCUGCGAGGCCUGCUACCAUUCGUGCAGAGAUGUUUCGGACUCGGCCCGGUGCGUGCGUAGCCCCCAUACCAAUCCCGCGCCCUGUCGCUGAUGAUAGCCGUCUUGUAAACAUCGCUUACGCGGUUAGCCGACCGACCGACCGGCCAUCAGUGAUAGUGGCGGGCGAGGUCGGCGGCGGCCCGCAGACCGCCGAUGGUCCGCCUGGCGGCCGGGCGGGCGGCCGCCCCGGUCGUCAGCCGCCCCCUUGACGCGGGGUCGCUGCGCCGGGCUCGCCGACUGC